GGGAAAAGAAAAAAAAAAAGAAGCUAAUUCGCGUUUCUUUCUUCUUCCCCGUCUAGAGAUCGCCAUUAUUAUCACCCGAUCGUCGUCGACUCUAUCUCUCAGGCCAUCAUCACCGGAGAUUUCUUCCCGCCGGUUCCGAAGAACAGAAAUGGCGAAUGUCUCGGUUGCUGCAGAAUGGCAGCUUCUCUUCAAUAGAUACUACAGGAAGCCAGAGAUUUACCAAAUGAGAUGGAAGCAUGUUGAUUUGAGCCGAAACAAAGUGGCAUGUGCUCCAUUUGGUGGGCCGAUCGCAGUCAUUCGUGAUGACUCGAAGAUCGUCCAACUCUAUGCCGAAUCUGCUCUACGAAAGCUUCGUAUCUUUAAUUCAGCCGGCAUUCUGAUCUCGGAGACAGUAUGGAAGAACCCUGGUGGACGCCUCGUUGGUAUGUCCUGGUCUGAUGAUCAGACACUGAUCUGCAUUGUCCAAGACGGAACCGUUUACCGUUACAACAUCCACUCUGAACCCAUCGAACCCAAUUUCUCGAUGGGGAAGGAGUGUUUCGAGCAGAAUGUGGUGGAGUGUGUCUUCUGGGGAAAUGGUGUUGUUUGCCUGACGGAAGGAGGGCAGCUUUCCUGCAUUCCGGAUUUCAAGACCAUGAAGCCGUGUAAGCUGGCCGAUGUGCCGGGAAUGACGGAAGAUGAAAUGCUUCGACCCUAUUGCUUGGCUGUGAGGGAACCUCAGUACACGAUGUCUGGGAAUGUUGAAGUGUUGGUGGCGGUCGGUGAUGGGGUUUUCGUGGUGGAUGAGGAUGAGGCUCAGAGCAUUCGGUUCGAUGGGCAGAGUGUUGCAGACUCUGAGAUGCAGAAUGCUGAUUAUGGAAAUAUGAUUGGGCCGGUGCAGAAGAUGGUUGUAUCGCCCAAUGGCAAGUUUCUUGCACUCUUCACUCACGAUGGUCGGAUCAUUGUAGUCGGCAUGGAGACAAAGGAUAUCGCUAUUGAUUACAGUUGUGAGUCAGCCCUUCCUCCGCAACAAAUGGCUUGGUGUGGAAUGGACAGUGUACUACUUUAUUGGGAUGAUGAGUUAAUGAUGGUUGGCCCUCUAGGAGAUCCAAUUCGCUAUUUCUACGAUGAACCCGUAAUUCUGAUUCCAGAAUGCGAUGGAGUGAGGAUAUUAUCUAACACGAGCAUGGAAUUUCUGCAAAGAGUACCCGAUUCUACUGUUUCAAUCUUUAAGAUCGGAAGCACAUCUCCCGCUGCUUUGUUGUUUGACGCUUUGGAUCAUUUUGACAGGCGGAGUGCUAAGGCAGAUGAAAACUUGAGAUUAAUACGCUCGUCCCUGCCUGAGGCUGUUGAAGCCUGUAUUGAUGCUGCCGGUCAUGAAUUCGAUGUCUCUCGUCAAAGGGCUCUAUUACGAGCUGCAAGUUAUGGACAAGCUUUCUGCAGCAAUUUUCAACGUGACCGCAUCCAAGAGACUUCAAGAACUUUACGGGUUCUAAAUGCUGUCCGUGAUCCGGGGAUUGGCAUACCUCUUAGCAUCAAGCAGUACAAGUUACUUACAGCAGCUGUUUUGAUUGGUCGCUUAAUUAAUGACCAUUACCACCUUCUUGCUUUUCGGAUAUCGGAGUACUUAGGGAUGAAUAAAGAGGUGGUAAUUAUGCACUGGGCUUGUGCGAAGAUAACUGCUUCGCCGUCAAUUCCAGAUGCUCAUCUUCUUGAAAUUUUGCUCGAUAAGCUACAUCUAUGCAGAGGGAUAUCAUAUGCUGCAGUGGCCACUCAUGCAGAUAACUGUGGCCGGAGAAAGCUGGCUGCAAUGCUUAUCGAACAUGAACCACGCUCCUCGAAACAGGUUCCGCUUUUAUUAAGCAUCGGGGAGGAAGACACGGCUUUAACGAAGGCCACCGAGAGUGGUGAUACCGACCUGGUCUACCUUGUUGUAUUUCAUAUAUGGCAAAAGAGACCUCCGUUGGAGUUCUUUUCAAUGAUCCAAGGCAGACAUAUGGCACGCGAUUUAUUUAUAACAUAUGCCCGUUGCCAUAAGCACGAAUUUCUGAAGGAUUUCUUCUUAUCGACGGGCAAGCUUCAUGAUGUAGCUUUCCUUUUGUGGAAAGAAUCAUGGGAGCUGGGGAAGAAUCCUAUGGCAAGCAAAGGGUCUCCUUUACAAGGCCCGCGUAUCAAACUAAUAGAAAAAGCUCACAGCCUUUUCGCCGAAACAAAGGAGCACACCUUCGAGUCUAAGGCUGCGGAAGAACACGCAAAACUCUUGAGGAUACAGCACGAGCUUGAAGUUAGCACCAAACAAGCUAUCUUUGUUGAUUCGAGUAUCAGCGACACGAUACGCACGUGUAUUGUCUUGGGUAACCAUCGUGCUGCGGUGAAAGUGAAGACGGAAUUCAAGGUGUCGGAGAAAAGAUGGUACUGGCUUAAAGUAUUUGCUUUGGCUACAAUCCGAGACUGGGAAGCGCUGGAAAAGUUCUCCAAGGAAAAGAGACCACCGAUAGGUUACCGUCCAUUUGUGGAGGCAUGCAUCGAUGCAGACGAGAAAGCGGAAGCUCUAAAAUACAUCCCCAAACUCUCGGAUCCACGGGAAAGAGCCGAGGCUUACGCUCGGAUCGGAAUGGCCAAGGAAGCAGCCGACGCGGCCUCGCAAGCGAAGGACGGAGAGUUGCUUGGGAGGCUGAAGAUGACAUUUUCACAGAACGCGUCCACCACUUCCAUUUUCGACACUCUAAGAAUGUCUUUCCAGGGCAUGUCUUAGAGUGCUUUUGAGUGAGUGAGUUUCAUCUUCAACAUGAACCGUUUCUUUACUGAUUUUGUGUCGUUUUUUCGGAAGAAUGUGUACAGAAACGAUCUUGGGAAAAAAGCCCGAAUCGUCAGACUCGGAUUGGGAGUGUACUGUGAUGGUGAGAAAUCUUCCUGGUAUAUGAAACAUUUGAGUUGUCUUGUAAAAACCAAGCUGUUGUGCCAUUUUCUUACCAAACACGAUCUUCUCCUGUGUGUGAAA